AUGCCGCCACACCCACUGUUUGCGACGUAUCCAUCAUCAUCACAUCACCCGCCAUGGUCGUACGAUCAUGACCUUGAGAGUUUGAUUAGAGCUGCAGAAGCUGCUUCGUCAUACGCUGCUGCGAAUAGAUUUCAAGAUCCCUACGCGUGCCAUCACUAUCAAGAUCUUCGACAACCUGAGUUCCUUAGACCGCAGUGGAAUCCUUGGGUCCUUGCUCAAAGUCAAGCUCAACAACCGUCAUCCGCUGCAGCUGAAGGUCCUGCCCUAUUCACCUCCUGA